AUGGGUGGUUUUAGAGCCGUUGAGGAUCGCCCAACGCCAAAGGAGGUGUACAACUGGCGCCUUUAUACAGAAGCCAUAAUCAUUGCUUUUGGUUCAAUGCUAUUCGGUUAUGACUCCGCCUUUGUCGGAACGACUAUCGCCCGUACAAGCUUCAAACACGACUUUGGUAUCACCGCUGCAAACUCAAGCUCAGUUUCAAGCAACAUCACGUCUGCUUUUCAAGCAGGUGCUUUCUUCGGUGCACUCUUCUGUUACUUCAUUACCGAGCGCCUCGGCCGUAAAUGGGCUCUUCAAAUCAGCGUGUUUGUCUUCAUUAUUGGCGCUAUUCUAAUGGUCGUGGCGACUAGUCAGCUCAGUUUCAUUUACACUGGACGUGUUCUAACCGGUCUUGCUUGUGGUGCUAUUACUGCCACCGUUCCGAGUUAUAUUGCCGAGCUUUCAGUGUCCUCUAUUCGAGGUAUCUUGACUGGUCUGUUCGAAGUAGCCUAUCAGAUUGGCUCUGUAAUUGGCUUCUGGAUCAACUAUGGGAUCACCCAGCACAUCCCCGCAACUUCCUCUACUAGCUGGAGAAUACCUAUGGCUUUCCAACUUGUACCUGCCGGAAUCUUGUUCAUCGGUGGCUUCUUCCUGCAUGAGUCUCCAUUAUGGCUGAUGCGAAAGGAAAAAUACGAGGAAGCAUACCAAGCUCUCGAAGACUUGCGCCAUCUGCCAAAGGAACAUCAAUAUGUUCAGGAAGAUAUUGCUGCCAUGCAAAACAGGCUUGCUGAAGAAGCUGCUAUCGCAGCCAAAUACGGAAACGGCUCCUGGGCCUUUUUCCGUGGUGCCAUGGCCGAAUUCUCUCGUAGGGGCAUGAGGAAUCGCAUCUUCCUUGUCUUUUGCGCCUUUACACUCGCAAAUUUGUCUGGUGCGUCAGCUAUCAACUAUUACUCACCGACAUUGUUUGGCUCUAUCGGUAUUUCCGAUGUAGCAUUGUAUACCGGCAUCUACGGUUUAGUCAAGGCAAUCGCGUCUAUGAUCUUUUACAUCUUCCUUGUUGACCUUGUCGGUCGUCGUCGACCAGUUAUUGUAUCAUCCAUUGCUUGCUCUCUCUGCCUAUGGUUUGUCGGUAGCUAUGUCAAAGUUGGCCAUCCGGCCGACAUAAUUGCUGCUGGUAAGCAACUAUCCGACUCUACCGUGAAAGGUGGCCAAGCCGCUACUGGUAUGAUCAUGAUCUAUUCCAUUUUCUGGUCCUUUGGUCUCAAUGGUGUUCCCUGGAUUAUCUCUGGAGAGAUUUUUCCUGGUGCACUUCGAAACUUGUCUGGAACGUGGGCUGCACUUGUCCAAUGGGCCAUUCAAUUCCCGGUCACCAAGGCUUUGCCGUACAUAUUCACCUCAUUCGGCUACGGAACAUGGUACUUCUUUGCGUCGUGGAUGUUAGUUGCCUCUGUAUGGGCGUACUUUCUAGUGCCAGAGACCAAGGGUCUUACCAUUGACCAGAUGGACUACGUGUUUGGCUAUAAUACUGGUGCGCCCUACAUGAUUCCUCACACGUCCCGCACCACCAAGGAAGUCCCUAGACUCAUCGAGGAUACCCAAAUUGAGAAGGUUGUUUCAGUUUGA